AUGGCAGCUGAUUACAUCGCCUCACCAUUGACCUAUAUCAUCAACGGGUUUAUUGCAAAUCACAGCUUUCCAGAUGUUUGGAAGACUGCACGUGUGUCACCUAUACCCAAAGUAGCCUCUCCGACAGAGUUAGACCAUUAUAGACCAAUUUCUAUUCUCCCGGCUCUUUCCAAAGUCUAUGAACGCCUCAUUCUAAAUCAAAUUGUAAAAUACAUCGACCAGCAUAAUGUAUUAAACGAGAAUGUUACUGGCUUUCGUAAAGGCCAUGCCACCUCAUCUGUCCUAUUACGAGUAAGAGACGAUGUAUUAAAGGCUAUGAAAAAAGGAGAAAUUACUCUUAUUGCAUUCGCCGACUUCUCGAAGGCGUUCGAUACAGUGGACUUUGCCGUAAUAAUAAAGAAACUUCAUGCCAUUGGCUUUUCACAUUCAUCGUUAAAUUGGAUUCUUAACUACCUUACUGGUCGGAAACAACUUGUUCAAGUAAAUGACAGCCAAUCUGAACUAGAAGACGUGUUGUUUGGUGUUCCGCAGGGAUCGAUAUUGGGUCCCAUGCUUUUCAACCUUUACGUCAACGACCUCCAAAAUGAUUUUACCUGCAGGUGCUUCCAAUACGCCGAUGAUACAACAGUUUACCGUAGUUGUACUCCUAAAAAUCUCAGUCAAUGUGUGCAAGAAAUGAAUGACAACAUACAAACUCUCGAAACUUGGGCCACAGAAUCCAAUCUCUUGUUGAAUGAAAAUAAGACUAAGCAGAUGCUGAUAAGCACUCGACAGAUGUCAAGAACUCAUAAUCUCGGAGACAUCACGCCACCUCUUACCAUAAAGAAUAUAUCCCUUGAAAGAGUUGAAAAUUUUAAAUUACUCGGUACGUGGCUUAGUGAGGAUCUCAAAUGGUCACAUCAUGUAAAGGAACUUGUCUCGUCUUGUUAUGGAGUACUUUCAACCUUGUGCAAAAUUCGGAAUAUGACACCCCAACAUACUAAAAAGCUAUUAGCAGAAAGUCUUGUACUUUCUAAGUUAAACUUUAAUGAUGUCGUUUGCUAUCCUCUCCCCGCAUAUUUACAAAAGAAAAUGCAACGUGUGCAAAACGCUGCUGCCAGCUUCGUCACUAAUCGUUAUUGUUCAGGAAAAGAUGUCUUGCAGCUUGGAUGGCUUCCAACCUUGGAGAGAACUCAAUUAAACCUCCUCAAGCAUACUCACCGAGCAAUCUACAACAAGGACUCUUGUCCUGAGUACUUAACCCUGGAAGUAUAUAACCCUGGAAGAACGCCACGCUCUAAUGCAGCACCACGAUUGUCGAUUCCAUUAAUAAAAGGAACUUUCCAGGAGACAACAGCGAACUUAUUCAAUGAUCUUCCCCCAGAAGUACGAUCAUGUGCAGACUUAAACGUAUUCAUGAGGGAAGUGAAACAAUUACUGAAAUCCAGAGCAUUCCUACGCCUUGAAUAGACUUAUUUGUAUUGUAUUAGUGCAAUGUUUCUUCUUAUUAACAAUUUAGUUUAAAUUUAUAACAAUUAUUAACAAUUUAUAUAUAUUUAAUUUUUUUCAGUUACGCAGAUGUAAAGCUACCAUGUAGAUAAGCUGCAAUAAAGUCUUUAUUGUUAUUAUUAUUAUUUACUGUAUAUCAAAUAACUUAUGCAUAAUGAAGUCUCAAGGCUUGAUGCCUGCGAGAAAUACUGGUCUUAAUAGUCAUGACCUGCUAGGGACAAUUUUGAUAGUGGCCAUUUGCAAUUGUUUUAUUUUCCUGGUGCGAUGACUACUAUUAAAUCGAGCAGUAUUAAUAAUGCUCACAAUUUCUUUCUUAUUAUAUAUAUAGUCAUUACAAAUAAUGGUCAUCUGAAGCUGAUGUAUUAAACAAAAAUGUCAACAAAAUAGAUUUUGUCUCCCGAUUGGCAGAUUCAUUGUUCAGUUGUUCUACAGUAGGGAUAGCCUUGAAGGUGCCAUUAAAAUGAUACAGUAGUUGGGACAAAACUGACUUCAAAGGGCCUGUUCAUAUGGGCAAAAGUUAUCUCGGUUUAAGGCCCUGUUCACAUGAUCCAGGGAUAAACAACUGCCCCGCGACAAGUCAUUGACCUGGGGUACUGAUAUCUUCUGUUCACAUGAACAAAGCUAGGGCGGGUCAUGCCUAUAGACACAUUACGCGGGAAUCAUAAAAUAUUCCCGCCAAUGGGAAACGGUGAAAUAUUGCUAAAUAAAAAACGUUCUGAUAAAUGCAAGUCGUUAUUUUUUGUUAUGAUAUUUACAAAUAGAACGUACUAGUUGAUUAUCAGCCGUAAUAAAAUGUGCUCAAUUCAUUGUUUCUGGUUGACCAGAUCAAAUUCUUUGAGUAACAUACUACAUGAUAUUAGCGACAAUUUUAUUUCAAUAUUUUUAGAAUCAUCACUUAUAGAUUUCUAAUGAUAUUGUCAAUCAAAUACUACAAGUUUUUGUGGAGUCCAACGUGCUCUAAAUGUAAUUUUAGCCGCGAUUUUGAUCGUUUCACCAAAAUUCAAUUAUCCCGGGACAGUGUUCACAUGAGGAAAAGUUGUCCCAGCAAGGCGAGUGUCCCUGUCUACAGAAGUGAGGCACUCGGGUCAAUUCUUGUCCCAGGACAAGUAAAAUAUCAUGUGAACAGCACUAUUCUUUCACACAAGACAAUUUUUGUCCCGCGACAAUUGCUUGCCCCGAGACAUAACGCUGUCCCGGGUUCAUGUGAACAGGGCCUAAGGAGAAAACUUUUCGACUAGCCAAAUACUUUUGUUCUGUUCACAUGGAGAAACUUUACCUCGCUUACCGGGUAAAGUUUCCGGCUGUGACGUAGCGCUGAACAUGAAUUGAAUUGAAAAGUUGCUGACACAACAGAAAGUUAUCCCGCUAAGCGGGAAAGUUGUGUUCAUAUGGGAAAAACAUCCCGGUCACCGAGAUCUUGGUACACGGAAAAAGUUGUUGUCUCAUAUGAACGCAAUGUAACUUUUCAUAUUAUUUUCAUACCAAGGUGAGAUCUCGCUUGUAAACUUGUUGAAAAGUUUUCUCGCUAACACGGAUAACUUUUGCCCAUAUGAACAGGCCCUUACUGGUAGUAUUUUUAUGUAUGAAAUUUUAAUUAAAUUCUACAUAUCCAAUGAUUCAUUCAAGUAUUAUUAUUGUUUGUUAUACAUGUUAUUGUACAGUAUUCAGUGGCAAGCUAGCCAUGACAACUGGUCAUGCUAAAAUUGCCAAUUAACCAUUAAAAAUGUGCAUAGCAUGACCUGUAGAUUUUCACAAAGUCCUUCCUUUUUUUAGAACGAAGGAAUUUUCAAGGAAGUAAUUUCUUUAAGAGUAAGGAAUUUUUGGAAGUCAAUAGGAUUUAAUAGAAUCAUAGAGAUUAUAAAUAACACUAGAAGAAGCAUCGCAAUCUUGACAUUAGGCAAAAAAGGAAUCCUGCUAUUGGGGGCAAAUUCCUGCAUGUGUACUUGUGUUCCCAUUGGUGAGAGCACGAUUUUAUAUCCGGGACCUACAUUUGUCCCCCCCCCCUCCCCCCCCAACAGACGUGUUCCCAAAUUUUUGACCACAGUGCCUCUUCUAGUGUUAUUUAUAAUCUUUAUGAUUAGAAUAUCUAGCUGACCUUCGACUUUGUGCAAGCUGUUUUCGUAUUCAAAUUGCACUUUUCCUACCUCCUGGUGUCUUAAGGGUGCCUUACGUGCUUGUGUGAUGGAAGACGGGUUGAGGCAGCAUUUUCCUUGCGAUAGUAACUUCUAGUAUAAUAACUCGCCUCGGCGGCUCGUGAACCACUUUUUUGUUCUUCCCACAUUAUGACGUCAUACUGUGUAUCUAUAACUGAACAGACAACGGCAAAAUCUUAUCUAUUUGUUAAACAGGUAGAAGGUGUAACCUUCCAGCGUUUUCGUAAUCAAUUGGCGUAAAAAUGACGCAUUAGCCCAAGGGAGCACGCCAGAAAUAUUUGUGUACAUUUAUACUAACCUUUUAAUUACAUGUAAAUGUUUUCAAUUUUCAUCGGGCGCCAUUUUGAAUGUUGAAAGCGGUAUUAGCUUAUCGCAGGCGCAAUAAUUUAUGUUCAUCUUUGACAGUAAUUUAUGUUACACGAUGAUACUCCGAAGGGCGACCGAGAAAGAUCCGAAAUUUAAAAUAAGGCGGAGAAAUAAUAAAAAAUAAAGAGGGGAGUGAAACGGCCGAACUAAUUAUCCACUGAUGCUGGUUGACUGUUGCUAGGAACAUUUGAUGUUGCUAGGAACAAACCGGAAACAAAAUGAGACCUACUAUUACAGGAACCACUGAGUAUUUUAAUAUAAUAUACUGUAGAACAACAAAUAUAAUGUAAUAUUAUACCUCAAAUUCAAAUUGUCCAAUGAGGAAGCUUAGUUUGUACCACGUGAGCAUGAAAUUAAUCGCGAUAUCACGCCUUACGUCAUCAAUUAGCGAGCCUGCGUUCCCUUUGACAAUGUUCCACCCACUGAGCUAUGGUUCCACCCCAUGUUCCCCGGGGAACAUGGGGUGGAACAUUAUUCGCGUAGACCACGCGGGACAACACGCUUAACAACAAGAUGGCCGACAAAACAUAAAUAGUAUUAAUGAGUGAUGAAUAAUUCAAUUUUUAACCUAAAACCUGGGGCUUUUUCAAACCUAAAACCCGGAGCUUUGUCAUUAAUAUUCCAAACGAUAUGUGAUUCGAAAGAAAAGCGACGAUACUUGCGUUAAUCCGAAAAUAAAACACCGUAUUCACGAAGGUAUGUGUCAAGUUUUUAAUUUUCAACUUUGAGGCUUUUAAUUUUCGGUAUAAUAUAUCAUUUAUAGACCCUCCGCUCGGUGGAUUCGGCGAAAUAUUACCCUCAGUGAUGAUAUUUCCAAAUAUUAUCACUUCGGGUAAUAUUUCGCCGAAUCUCCCUCGCUCCAGGUCUAUAAAUGAUAAAUAUACUGUAGAAAAUUAUUUUCGGAUUUACCGUUGAUUUAUAUUUGAUCUACUAUAAUUAGUUCAAGCGAGUCACAUUAGUUAACAAUUAUUCGCCGAAGGCGAGGUGAUUAUCGGUGAAUAAAAACCGAGACGAAGUCAAGGUUUUUAUUCACGAUAAUCACCGAGCCUGAGGUGAAUAAUUGUUUUAGUAUAAUUUCAUAGGUGAUUAUUUGGAAAAAAUAAGAAAAUACACAAUUUCUUUGUCAUUUAAUUGACAAAAAGGCUUCGGCUGCCAUUUUGAAAAUCGCUUAGGUGAUUAUCACGUAAUAAUCACCUCAACGGCAACCAAUCAGCGUGGAGAAUUUUCAAUAAUCACCUAUGUAAUUAUACUAAAAUAUAUUAUUAAAAUUGGGGACAAUGGCGAGAGUUUGUAUAUCAGAUUAGAUAAACAUCGGCUGCUCGUGUUUUAACGUGCUUAAAAAACGACCCAUCAUAUGAGUUCAUUGGCGAAGUAAUUUUAAAAAUAAACAUUGUCUAACCCGAGAAAAUCGAAGCUGAAGUUUAUGUAUUUAAUGAGGACAAUUUACAAAUCUAUUAUCCGACGAUUUACAUACAUUGAUUUAACAUUCAUUUCUUUUGAAUUUCCUUCAUGAAUUAUUAAUACUGUAUUUUGUGUCCAGCAUUCGCAAAUGUUUUUGUUUCUCUGCUGUCGAAAAUUCACUGCUUGCGAGCAACGAUGCAAAUCAAUACAAGUUUUGAUAUAUUUCAGAUUCGACAGUUCUUGGUCAACGAGCAUGGCCAGAUAACGAAAUGGGAUAUACGCAUUGUCAUUGGCCAAUACCCCAUCACGUGUUCGGCCGUUUCACUCCCCUCUUUAUUUUUUAUUAUUUCUCCGCCUUAUUUUAAAUUUCGGAUCUUUCUCGGUCGCCCUUCGGAGUAUCAUCGUGUAACAUAAAUUAAUGUCAAAGAUGAACAUAAAUUAUUGCGCCUGCGAUAAGCUAAUACCGCUUUCAACAUUCAAAAUGGCGCCCGAUGAAAAUUGAAAACAUUUACAUGUAAUUAAAAGGUUAGUAUAAAUUUACACAAAUAUUUCUGGCGUGCUCCCUUGAUUAGCCUUUCUCCAUUUAAAUGAAUAUAACUGGAACGCUACUCUCCAACCGGAAAUUUGAAGCCAAACUUUAAGGCCAGUCCCAGUCUUUUCACGCAUGCGAGGAGUCCUCAAUCAGUCAAUCAUGAUGUAAACACGCGGGUCAAGAUUUGGCUUCGAGAAAAAGAUAGGCAGUUUAUUUGAAGGUAGAGUUCCAGUUAUAUUCAUUUCAAUGCCUUUCUCACACCAUGCGACCAGGCCUUGUCCGCCGUUUUUGAGUGGCAAACUGAACGGGGAAAGUGGAUUGCAAUGAAAACACAGCACUAUUUUGUUUAUAUAAGUACUACAUUUACUUUACUAAAUCACUCUUUCGUUUGUUGCCAUCUACUUCCCCGUGCGGUUUUACCUCCUCCGGACAAGGCCUGCUCGCGCAGCGUACGAAAGUGUAAUUACGCCAAAUAGUUUCCAAGUAGGUGAACUGAUGUGAAGCGUUCCUCUUUUCAGUUAGAAAGUCAUUUAGAAUUUUCUAAUUACCUUCGCAAAUCCCAUGAGGGAAUUUACAAUAUUUUUUUAUAAUCAAAAUUUAUAUACAUAACGUAUUGCUUUGCAUGCAUAUAUAAAAUAGUUGAAUCAAAAUCCUAUUUAACAAAUCCUUAUUUCCAGGCUGCCAAUUUUCCUGGCGACAAGUAACUGUGUGAUUGGUAUUAUAUUGAUACAAUUUUUUUACUGCUGCGUCUAAUUUUGGACUAUAUAAAUAUUUUUUGAAAGUUCCCGUUUGACCAAUUCCCAUAGUUUUUAACAACGAUUCACAUUGCAUAAUUUAAUUGGCUUAUAGGAACAUUUUAAAUUCCCUCGAGGGAUUUGCAAAGAGUUUUCAAAAUUGCAAAGGUAAUUAGGAAAAUUCCAAAUGAGUUAGAACCUCAAAAGAGGAACGCUUCACGUAUUCACGUAGUUCACCUGCAUGUAAUAGGUUUAUAUUCUUCAUCGCUAUUUCCUGAUGUACUCCCCUUCCAUAUAUUUAACUCCUAACUAAUCUUCACAUAUGAUACAUUUUGCAAGUAAAAACGUAUAGACACAAAUGAGAUGAGGUAGUCGCGCAUUCCCCAUUGUAAAUGGUUACAUAGCCAGCUCAAUGACAAAUCCUCAAUAUACUAUAUAUAUAAUAAACUCUGCAGAUUACAGACAAAUUCUCAAGUGUAGUCCUGUUGUUCCAUUUGAUGCAAACAAGAAACCAGUUCAAAGUUCCUUGAAAACCCCACCAACAUCAGCAAGUAAGUCAACUAUACUGCAAGCUCACCACAACCACGGAAGCGAGCUGCUGCAGUGGACUUCUUUUAACAGUAUUAAAGAAUCUUUGUAAAGAUUUUUAUCGUAUAACUAAAUAUUCAUGUUCUAAUAUUCAUAUUCUGUUUUAACAUAAUUGCAUGACAAAUAUACAUUGCUAUAUCCUAAUCCCUAAAGCGUUUUUUACGCGUGUCUUCAGCAUGAAAUGAAACAUAAUAGAUAAUAAACAUAGUAUACAUGUGGAAGGUUGACUGAAGUCAUUUUCGUAUGUUUUUGUUCAUCUUAAUCAAAAACGUGUGCCUUUUUAUGCCUAGAUUUUUUCUAGAUCAACUGUUGGUUAUUGUUGUUUUGAUAUUCUCUGGAAUUAAACUGAUUUUAUUUUUCAUGCAGUAUCACCUUGAGGCUGCUUCGCUGACAGCUCACUUAAUAUUAAUGAAGGAGGUAAAGUACACUGAUGAUCUGGUAAAGUAUCGUAUGACAUUCUUUCGAUAUUAUCUGAACUACAGUAUAUACCUGAUCCUUUUUCUGUUGGUUAUUGUUGAAUUUUAUUUACUUUGGAAGUAAACUGACAUUGUAUUUCAUGUAUCACCUUGAGGCUGCUUUGCUAUUAAUUCACUUAGUGCUGACGGAGGAGGUAAAGUAUCAUAUCAAAUUCUUUAUACACUACUAUCUGAACUACAAUAAGAUAAAGAGUGUGAAGUUCAUACAAAAAAAAAUCAAGAAAGGUGAAGAAUGGAAACAACAUGUUGUUGAAGGUGAUGCUCGUAUGUGCGACGUGGAUCCAUCCGCUGGCGAUGAACGCGUCAAGAAGAAAAGAAGUCGGAAGAGGGGAACUUUGAGUCAGGAUUGUGCUACAAUGGCAAAUGCUAGCAAAGGAUAG